AUGGCGCUGGAUCUCGACGAAGGAUAUGUGGCUCAAGGCCUCGCCCGGGGAGGUGUCGAGACAAGCCUGCCCAUUUUCAAUGUCGAACGGGUACAGUUGCAGUUCAACAUCGCCUCGGACUUCGUGGCAGGCCAAGUUGCAAACAACGUUUUGAUUCUUGCUCUUGCGACAGGGCGGAUCCUAAGGAUAGACCUGGAGAGUCCGUCGGAUAUUGAUGAUGUUGACCUGCCAAAGAAGACCAGCGAGGUUGGCCUUAUUCGACGCAUGUUCCUAGACCCUUCUGCCUCCCACCUCAUUAUCAGUACAACCCUUGGCGAGAACUUCUAUCUUCAUAGCCAGUCUAAACAACCAAAGUCUCUGUCCAGGCUAAAAGGUGUCCUCAUCGAAUCUGUUGCCUGGAAUCCAUCCCAGCCGACAGCGUCCACACGUGAGAUUCUUGUCGGAGCAACAGACGGGAACAUAUACGAGAUCUAUAUUGAGCCAGCGUCCGAAUUCUACCGCCGCGAAGAACGAUACUCGGCCAAUGUCUGGAAGAUUCCGGAAGGCGCCGUGACAGGUCUAUGGGCGGAGUCUAUCCAAGGGAAGUCAGAUACGCGAAGAGUAAUUGUCGCGUCACGUUCGAAGCUGUAUCAUUGGAUAGGCAAGACUGCAGGACGGGGUAAGGAAGGCUCAACCUCACUAUAUACAGACUUGUUCUCCAAGGAAGAGCCCGUUAUUCAUGCGACGAACGGCGCAUCCUCGACAGCCCCAUCUUCCUUGUCGGUGUCCCCAGAAUCUCCCGAAGCUGGAUCAGAGGAGGAAAGGAGCUUCGGUUGGUUGUAUUCUCAGGGCGUCCUGACAGGCGAACUUCUGACUACCCCGGCCACCGCCGACCUAGGCAACAGGAUUUUCCAAGACGCAAAGUUACAUCCUCGCUCUAUCUUCCCGGAAACGAUGUCUGCUCGUGGCGGCAGGAAAUUGAUACAAGAUCCUAUAGUAUCGGCUAUUCUUUCGCAAUGGCACGUUCUGGCACUUGUGGAAGGUCGAAUCGUCGCUGUCAACCGCCUCGAUGGCAGUGUUGUCUACGACCAAGCUGUACUGGAACCCGGCCAGAGUGCACUCGGCCUUGUGUCAGAUCAAAAGAAGAACACUUUCUGGCUCUUCACAAGCCAGGAGAUCUUCGAAAUCGUGGCGAAUGACGAAGAACGAGACAUCUGGAAGAUCAUGUUACAGAAUCAGGACUAUGACGCUGCGUUGAGAUAUGCCAGAGGAGCGACACAGAAAGACUCUGUUGCUACGGCAUCUGGAGACUACCUAUCAAGCAAAGGACAAUACAUGGAGGCUGCGAGUGUAUGGGGAAGAAGCAGUAAAGCUUUUGAAGAGGUCUGUCUGUCACUUAUCGACAACGCACAAGAUGACGCCCUUAGAAAAUACUUGAUGACCAAGCUUGGUGCAUACAAGAAGUCAUCGGUCAUGCAGAGAGUGAUGGUUGCAACGUGGCUCAUACAAAUUUUCAUGGCCAAGCUGAACUCUCUCGAUGACAUGGUGGCCACCAAAGCGGAGCUGCUCGAGAAUACCGACGCUGGUGGUGCCAAACGAGACCUGGAACAAACACGAAGCGAGUUCCAAGAAUUCGUCACCAAAUACAAAGCAGACCUAGACGCCAAAACGGUAUACGAAGUUGUAUCCAGCCAUGACAGAGAGGACGAAUUACUCUUUUUCGCCAACACAAUCACAGACUACGACUAUGUUCUCUCGUAUUGGGUGCAACGAGAGAAAUGGAACGAAGCACUCUCGGUGCUGAACAAGCAGACCAACCCCGAGACAUUCUACCGAUAUAGCAAUGUCCUGAUGAUCCAUGUACCGACCGGACUGGUCGAGAUCCUGGUUCGACGAAGUAAUCUGGACGCACAAAAGUUGAUUCCAGCACUGUUAGCGUACAACGAAACGGCCAAUGUACCGCUGGCACAGAACCAGGCGGUUCGGUAUCUGAAUUUCGUGGUGAGCAACAAUUUCGAGGUUCCAGCUUCAGUCCACAAUGCUCUCAUCUCGAUCAUGGCGUCGCACCCUUCACCGUCGGAGAGUGCGUUGUUGGGGUAUCUCGAAAGUCAACCGUCACCUCCACUUUACGAUGCCGACUUUGCAUUACGGCUCUGCAUUCAACAUGACCGUGUCCAGUCCUGUGUGCAUAUCUACAGUACCAUGGGACAGUAUCAGCAAGCUGUGCAGCUUGCCUUGCAGCACGACGACAUCGACUUGGCGGCCAUUGUGGCCGAUCGACUCGAGGGGAAUGAUAAGUUGAGGAAGAAGCUCUGGCUCUUGAUUGCGGAGAAGAAGAUCAAAGAGGCCGAAUCCAUCAAGGAAGCCAUCAAUUUCUUGAAACGCUGUGAACUACUCAGAAUCGAAGAUCUUAUCCCGCUGUUUCCGGAUUUUGUGGUCAUUGACGACUUCAAGGAAGAGAUAUGCGAAGCACUGGAAGAAUAUUCACGGCACAUUGACAGCCUGAAACACGAGAUGGACCUGUCACAGCAUACGGCCGAGCAAAUCAAGGCAGAAAUUGCGGCCCUAGACCACCGUUACGCCAUUGUCGAAUCAGGUGAGCGGUGUUGGAUUUGCACUCUGCCGGUCUUAAGUCGCCAAUUCUUCGUCUUCCCCUGUCAGCACGCGUUCCACAGCGAUUGUCUGGGAAAGCGCGUCCUGGAGAGUUCGGGAAGUAGCAAGCGCAAACGAAUCAAAGAUCUCCAGACAGAAGUCAACCAGGGGUUAAGUGUAGGGGUGCAAAGGCAGAAGCUAGUCCAAGAGCUAGACGGGCUAGUUGCUGAGCAGUGUGUUCUUUGUGGAGAUCUGGGCAUCAAGCAGAUUGAUGAGCCGUUCAUACACGAAGGCGACGAUGUGGAGGCCUGGACUAUUUGA